UUUGUUUUGAAACUGCAAGUGUUGUUCGUUGUGUUCGUGGUUAUUGCAACGCUCCGUAUAAUAAAAAUUGGGCUUCUUUCGUUAAUUAAUUACAUUUUACUCGAGUAUUCAAGAACGAAGUUUCCGUAGAUUGAGUGGUAAAAAUUUUCCUGUGAGAGAAUUUCAUCGAUUGAAAUUGUUUAAUUUCGCCAAUGUAUCGAUACAAUGACGCGAUACCUGGCUGGUAAUAGCUCCAGGUCCUUUCCUUUAGACAUUGAAAGACACUGGAUUAGAUAAGAGGGCGAUACAAUUAUGUUCGAGUUGUGAUUGGCCGUGACCGAAUAGGUAAUUUUCCGUCUGGAAUGAACAAUAAUUCGUCAGUCGCGUUUUGAUGCGAAUAGACGAGCGGCGUUGGUAUAUAAGCAGAGUUUUCAGAUUCCCCGACGAAUUCUAUUCUUGUUUGGUGAUUUACUAUCGCGAGCAUCGUUUGCACAAUUUGCCAGGGGCGUUUUGCAUCCGUUAAAAGGAAAAGCGAACUGUAAAAAGGAAACUAAACAAAAUGACCACGGGACUGAAGACAAUGGAGUUUUUAAAAUUAAGUCGACGUAUGCGACGACGCUUGGACGCUCGUAACGUGAGCGAUCAACUUCUUGCUGGCGGCGAGAAGAAAAAAAAAAAACUAUCGUUGGACGUUGACACGAACAUGCUGAAAAUUGGAUUCAUCGGUGGAGGGAAAAUGGCCCAGUCUUUGGCCAAGGGUUUCAUUCGCGCGGGCUUGAGCAAGGGUGAAAAGAUGCUGGCGAGCUGUCUUCCAAACGAUGUGGGUAGCAUAGAUACGUUUAAGGAAAUAGGCUCGAAUACUGUAUUUACGAACGGACCCGUGGUUGACUAUGGCGACGUUCUGAUUUUAUCGGUAAAACCACAAGUGGUGCCACAAGUUCUUCCGGAUUUAAAGAACUAUAAUAAACUUUUGCUAUCUAUCGCUAUGGGCGUUCCAUUGUCAUCGUUAGAAAAGGCUCUACCAACUGGAACGCCAGUGAUAAGGGUAAUGCCCAAUACACCGGCCCUCGUUGGUUGUGGUGCAACGGUGUAUGCUCGUGGAAAGAAUGCCGGCGACAAAGAAGCUGAAAUAGCAGAGAAAUUGUUUUCUUCCGUAGGUAUUUGCGAAGAAGUGUCUGAAAACUUAAUCGACCCUGUGACUGCUUUGGCUGGCUCCGGACCCGCGUAUGUUUAUAUGAUGAUAGAGGCAUUAGCUGACGGUGGCGUAAAAAUGGGACUUACGAGACCGGUUGCUUAUAAGUUAGCCGCGCAGACUGUUUUAGGUGCUGGCGCCAUGGUUAAAGAAACUAAUAUGCAUCCAGCACAACUGAAAGACGACGUCGCCUCGCCAGCAGGAUCUACCAUAACGGCGAUUCAUUAUCUAGAAGAACACGGUUUGAGAUCGGCUGUAAUCGGUGCUGUUGAAGCAGCAACGAAACGCUGCAGAGAAUUCAGUUCUAGUUCAGAAAGUAGUUAGAAUCGAUUCUGAUAAUGACGGAAUGAAAAUAUUGGCAACAAUUACAGCAAAAAAACAAAGGAAAUAGAAAAAGUAGUUCUUAAAUUUCCAAGAAGAAAAUUAAAUCGCGGCGAUAACGCGUUUUAACUUGCUACGUUUUCGCGUAACUUUGUACAAUUUCAGUUGUGCUGUCUACAGGAAACGAGUGGUCUAAUCUUUUUUAGAAAUUUUUUGUAUACUUUGUAAAUAGUUUCUUUAAAAUAUUAAACGUUAAAAUUGCAAUUUAUUGUUCGUUUACAACGUAGCAAUUAAAAAUAUAGAUCUGUUAUCUCUUGACAACAACUUAUUUUACA